AUGAGUUCUGCUCCUAGUGUGCUGUCACAUUUGGCUGAAGCUUAUGAUGAACCCGAAUUAAAAGAAUUAGAUUCUCAACUUCAAGAUGCCAUUCAGAAGAUGAGGAGGCUUGAUAAGAUAUUGGUGAAGAGACAAUAUAGAGAAAAAGAAAUUAAGAAGCAAGGUCUAGACAUGAGAAUAAAGCUGUGGGAAGAACUUAAGUCUGCAAAAACUAGUGAAACUUUGCAAAGUAAUGAGGAGAUGGAAAAUACAAAAAAGUUUCUAGCUUUGACUGCUGCAUCAGAAGAAACUAUCGUAGAUCCUUCUCGCUAUGAGCAUGAAGACACCUUUUUCUCAGUGUUUCACACUCAAGUCCCUCCAGAAGAAUAUGAAAACCGUAUACAGAAUGUCAAUCAAGAUUUUACCUAUGAUGUGGGAGGAAACGAGUCAUUGAUCAAAGCAGAAAAGAAACCUUUUUCAGAUACAGAAAAGACUGAGCUCAGGGGUAAACACAGCCAGGAUUUUAUUAAGCGAAACAUUGAGUUGGCCAAGGAUUCAGGAAAGCCAGUGGUUAUGCUUGACAGAGAGAGGAAAAGGCUGACUGAACUUUUGAAGGACUUAGAUGACAGAGAUUCGGGGCUGUCCUGUCCUGAGGGCCAUCAGUCUGGCUGCCUGGUCCCAGGAGAAGGAUACACACUUGCGAUCACCCAGCACCAGCAGCUUGCUGAAAUUGACUCAAAGCUCCAAGAACUUUCUGCAGCCUCACCAACAACUUCCAGCUUUUCUCCAGGACUUGAAAACCAGAGUGAUCAGGAACCUGACCUUCAUGAUGAUGAUAGAAAUAUGGAAAUAACUCCAGGAGAAAAGGUGCUUCGGAACACCAAAGAGCAACGGGAUCAGCAAAACCGGCUGAGAGAGAUAGAUGACAAGCUGAGGAAGCUGAAGGAAAAUGUGUAAAGAAAUACUGCCUAACCCUUCAGGAGACAUCCGGAGACCACGGGGCAGAGCAGAAGAUGGAGGGAGCUGGGGCCGGAACGCC